GCUCGGUUGUUGUAGUAACCAGGAAGAUUAGCAGCGAUCGUCAACUCUCCCUGCAUAAAUAAGCUAGUUAGCUUUAGCAGGCUCGAUGAAAUAAGGACCGAGCUACAAUGGUAGACACUUGAUCCCAGGAGGGUUUUAGCUGUUUCUCUGUGGAGAUGCCAGCUGUAGCUCGGGAUAAGGAGGACUCUGAGCUCUCAUCAGAGGACGAGCAAGAAGACCAUCCUUGCAUUGCUUGGAGUGGCCUCAGCAGGACAAUCCCAAUCUUCUUGUUUUUCCCUGAAGCCAUUGUUUCAAAGAAUGGGAGUAUCAGUGCUGGUGGAGAGCGAUACAACAUGGCCUUCAAGAUUGUGCGCACAGAGAGUCGCCUGGUGCGAGGGAUACUGACCAAUCAUGGUUUCCAUGAGGUUCAGCCAAAUAGCAACGACUUUAACUUAAUGUGGACAGGAUCUCACCUCAAGCCUUACCUGCUCCGAAGCCUUCAAGAUUUCCAGAAGGUCAACCACUUUCCCAGAUCUUACGAGUUGACCCGCAAAGAUCGCCUUUAUAAGAACAUUCAGCGAAUGCAGGAGGCCCAUGGCUUCAAAAACUUCCAUAUUGUUCCACAGACCUUUGUGCUUCCUUCAGAAUACCAGGAAUUCUGCUCUUGUUAUACUAAGGACAAGGGCCCAUGGAUUAUUAAACCAGUAGCAUCAUCAAGAGGACGAGGCAUCUACUUAGUAAGCAAUCCAAAUCAGAUUUCACUGGAUGAGAACAUCUUGGUGUCCCGCUAUAUUAAUAACCCUCUACUGAUAGAUGAAUUCAAGUUUGACAUGCGUUUGUAUGUGUUGGUUACAUCAUAUGAUCCACUCCUCAUCUAUGUAUAUGAGGAAGGCCUUGCCAGGUUUGCCACCGUCAAGUAUGACAGGACCGCAAAGAAUAUUAAGAACACCUUCAUGCAUCUCACCAACUACAGCGUGAACAAAAAGAGCAGCGAUUAUGUCAGUUGUGAUGACCCUGAGGUUGAAGACUAUGGGAACAAGUGGAGUAUGAGUGCAGUGUUGCGCUAUUUGAGGCAUGAGGGGAAGGACACCACAUUGUUGAUGAGGCAGGUGGAGGACCUCAUUAUCAAAGCUGUGUUGAGUGCCGAGAUGCACAUCACCAGUGCCUGCAAGGCGUUCGUCCCACAUCUGACCAACUGCUUUGAACUUUAUGGAUUUGAUGUGCUCAUUGACUCCAACCUCAAACCCUGGUUGUUGGAGGUGAACCUUUCUCCAUCUUUGGCCUGCGAUGCCCCUCUGGAUUUGAAGAUAAAGGCCAGCCUGAUAGCAGACAUGCUCUCACUUGUGGGCUUGGUGUGUCAGGACCCUGUGAUGAGGAAGCCACGUUCUGAGCGAGGCAACUUGGACCCCAGCCUCAAGCAGGCAGCCCAUAGAACACAGUGGCAGAGGCCCUCAUUAGCUGCUCACUGUGAGACAGUGGCGUUUAGAGACAAGCCGGGAGGAGAGAGCACACUGGGCUUGACUGCUGAGGAGAUCAAAGUCGUGAGAAGGACAAAGGAAGAGUACGAGAGAAGAGGAGGCUUCAUCAGAAUCUUCCCCACUGAAGACACGUGGGAUCUCUAUGGUGGAUAUCUGGAGUCCAAGACAUCAAUGAACUUCAUGUUGGCAAAGAGACUUUUCCAUGGAAGGUAUGGGGGAGGGAAUGCGCAGCUGCAGAUGGACACAGCCGACGGCUACCACGCCGUCCAGUACGAGAGGAAGCUGCCGUCUCUGGAGGCCCGUAAGAGGAGACGACACCACCUGAGUCAUCGCUCUGCUGUUGGAAAGAAGAAAUCGGUGCUGCAUACCUCAGGGACGCAAUCCAAGGCCUCCCUGACGGAGAGCAGUAGCCUGGAGGGAGAGGAUUGCAUACGGGAGGAAAGAGAUGAGAUGAAAUGUAUUGUCAAGCCAAUCUUACACAAGGUUUUGGUAGCAGAGCAAAGAAAACAAGUGGCUUCACCAGCACAGCGCUCUCACAGCGAGGCUCCGUCCAGCUCAGAGGCAACAACACACAACAGCAGGCCCCAUGUCAACCUGCUUCACAUCCUCCAGCAGGGGUGGGACAUCAGUAAAGUGCAGGCUCGAAUGACCUUUUCUUCGUACCUGCAGCGAGUUCAACAAAGACUGUUGGCAGAGAGCAGGGUCAAUGGCAUUUCAGCAUGGCCAGACAAGGACAAUUACCAAAUGGAGCUGAUUAUUCGCUUCCUGAAAAGGGCUGCCAGUAACCUCGACCAAGACAUCAAGGUGGUUCUGCCCAGUCACCGGCUACCAAUCCAAGACCGCAGACGUAUCCUGUCCCACCAACUAGGAGAGUUCAUCCAGUGUUACAACAAGGAAACGGAGCAUAUGGUGAGAAAACAGCAGAGUAGUACAGAGGAGAAGAGUGUUGACCCCCAAGUGUUUCAUGAGUACAUCACGGCUGCAAGUGAAAGUGAUCUAGAGGAAGUACUGACGUUCUACACACAGAAAAAUAAAUCAGCCACCGUCUUCCUUGGAACAAAAGUCAGGCGUGUUAAAAAAGCCUUUCAUGAAAUACAUGCCGCACAAGAGCCAAACAACUGUGAGGCUUCCAAAGCUCUGCCUGUGGCCAAAGAGGAUUCCAGCUUUUUGGAAUCAACGCCCUCCACAAGGAAAGUCAGCAGUGACACAGACAGCAAGGCCACUGAAGAUCAACCCUCUGUUUGUUUGUCUGGAGGCCAGCUGACCGGAUUUGGAUAUGCAAAAAUUCAUCCGCAACUCCAGGCCUCCGAACGCUGCCCGAGCUUUCCUGUGACACAGCGUGGCUCUCUUACCCCUUCGUCACUGUCUCUUCAUCGUCCUUCACCUUUGCCGCUUCCCCCUCAGCCUCCAUCCUAUGCUCAAUCCUUGGCAAAGUCUCAAUUCUCCCAGACUGAGAUGCUUGCUGAUUGCCCUGUAUACACCCCUCUUUCUGGGCCUAUGGGGAAACCAACCCAGGUUCUCUGGAGAAUUCCGUCUUCCACCACGUCCACUUUAAGCUCUAGAGGAGCUUCUUCCAUCACCAGUGCCAUGCACAUCUAUAGCCAGAAGCUCGCAAGAUCAACAUCUGCAGGCCAAGCUUCCAGAAUGUACAGUUCCAGUAAGCUGAAGUCCAACUCUGAGGGGGGCUUCAAGGAGUUAAACUCUCUUACAGUCCAGGCCCAGUCCAACCAGCAGGCCUUCAUCUCAGCUCUGCAGAAGUUGGCCGACCAGCAAGUUGCCCGCAACAAUGUCGGCUGCAGGCACAUCAACCUGCUGACGCAACAUUUGACGAGGCUAAACCUGGCAGGCAGGAUAUUGAGCAGAGAAAGCCCACAAUUGUCGCACCCUGCCGCCAUUACCCAAGGAUCCAUGAGGCUGGAUCACUCUGUCAGUGGUCCUUGUAGAAACAACACUUUUCAUAGGAAGAUUAAGGAUGGAAAGGCUUCCUGUGACACGCAGAGUGGCAGUAAUUUUCCCUCCGUGAUGUUGGCGAACCCAGAGCGGCGCUGGCACCCCCCCAGAGGAAGCUACCAGCUUCAGGUUGCUGUCCAGCAACUGCAACAGCAGAGGCUUCAGCAGCGGCAACUCUCGGACCAGAACCACUACAGACACCAGGAUCAACAGUCUGACGAAACAAGUGCUCCCCACGCAACGGUUCUCACAAAGUCAUCCAGCUUUCUUGGACCACCCCAUCACAGUCACAUACAGGCCUGUGAUAGUCCCGUUCUCUCCCCAAAGCCACCCAGCGAGGCCCGAGAUGGCCCGGUCAAGAAACCAGCAACGCAGCGGCUCGUCAAGCAGACUUCCACUCAGAUGUUGGCUCCCGGAAGUGUGACGAGCGGGCAGAACUCAGUCUGUAAGACCAUGUGCGCUAAGACAGGACUUUCUGUGUACCGCAAGUUGCUUCCGGCCCGGGAGCAAAGUCCCAGAUGACACCAAUGUGACCAGAGGCGCAUCCUGCCACUCUGCUGGCCUGACAGGUGUCUCUGCAUGUAACCACACAGCCACACUGCCACACAGGUGUAUUCUAGGUAAGGACAGCAGCAGAAAGCUUGCCAGGGCGCUAUUCAUUUGUCUGUCACACUGCCACAGACAUGGCAGGAGAUGGCGUGCCAGGCACGGAAUUCCCAGCUUUGACGCAGUUUGGGAUUUGUUGUGCAGCCGGAGAGCACGUGGCUCUUUCCAGCCUGCACUGCAGUCUCCACGCCAACAGUUCCCCCUUUCUUUCCCCCCUUUUUUUCUCUCCGUGCCAUCAAUGCCACGGAAAGAUUUCACUGGCAGAUAUCUUUCAGCACAUGCCCUGUUGGCAUUUAAUAUGCUAGCUAUUCACAUGAAGCUACCCCUCCCGCAACCUCCAGUGAGAGACAUCCCAUGAAUGGUGAGCACGCUGCCAAGUUCCUGGCAUUAGACACUGACUUGGACACAGGUUGGAAACACAGUUACCAAAUCUGACUCUGUGCUCCUCUCCGGCCAAAGGAUGUGUUUAAUUAUAGCAACGUUUGCUGACGGCUUGUGACUCUUCUCUUAAUUUAUUGACACAUGGAUGUUUUUUUUGAUGGAUGGACCUCAUUUAAUAUGUUGAGUAAAUUAUCGUGUCAUUACAUAUACAAAAGAUGAACCUCAUGUUGAUGCACAACGCAGGUUAAUGGUGCACGUGUGCACCAGCAUCCUCAUGGAUAUACAGUUGCUCGCAAAAUGAGUACAACGCUCACAUUUCAGCCAAUAUCAAGGGGCAUACUACAGAAACAAAACUUGGUUAUGGCUUAGACUAGUCAGUGUACAGCUUGUAUAGCAGUAUAGAGUUACUGUCCUUGGAAAUAAGUCAACACAGCCUUUAUUUCUGGAAAGCUGGCAACACACGUGAGUACACCUCACAGUAAACAUGUCCAAAGUGUGACUAUGUAGUGCGAGCACCAUCGUGCAAGUAGUACUGCCUUAAUCCUCUUGGGUAUGGAAUUGACCAGAGCUGCACAGGUUGUUACUGGAAUUCUCUUCCACUCUUCCGUGAUGACAUCAGUGGUGGAUGCGACACCUUGCACUCCUCUACCUUCCACUUGAAGAUGUCCCACAGGUGCUCAAUUAGGUUAAGUCUAGAGAGUCCAUUACCUUCACCUUCAGCUUCCUCUGCAAGGUACUUGUCAUUUGGAGGAGUGUUUGGGUUUGUUACCAUGUUGGAAAACUGACAUGCGGCCCAGUUUCCAAAGGGAAGGGACCAUGCUCUGUGUCCGAAGGUCACAGUAUAUGUUGGGUUUUAUGUUUCCCUCAAUAAACUUCAGCUCCCCAGUACCGGCAGGACUCAUGCAGCCCCAGACCAUGACACUACCACUGCAAUGCUUGACCGUAGGUAAGACACAAUUAUUUCUGUAAUUCUGUUGCCAGCAAUUUAGAUGGAUUGAAUGAAAAGUAAACCUAUAGUUCUAAAGGCUGUCCUGUACACGGACUACUGUAAAGUAUAUUCACGUUUCAUUUCUUUAGCAUUGUGCCUUGAGAAGAUAUGCUGUAAUAAAAAUGGUUGCUGAAAUGUGAGGAGUGUGCUCACUUUUGUGAGUGGAUAAAGAGAAACCUCAGGGUGUGUUGUUAAUAAAAACUUGUCGUUGUGUAGUUAUAGAUUCAGCAUAUGUUGGUGAUCACGUCGAAUGAAAUACUUGAAUUUCACACAUGUCAUUCUGAUAUCUGCUGCUGUUGACUUUUGCACAGACUGUCAUAUUCAAUUUUUGGAUUAUCUUGUAACAUUCGCAAUGCACGGCCGUCAUGUCAGAUGUCAUGUUGUGUAUUUACACCGGCGCAUGCUUUCUUACAAGACUCCAUAUCAGUGUGUAUUUGUGUUUGUACUGCGCUACUGCAGUUUAGUUUACUGACAAUCCCUGACUGUUUACAACUCUCACGCAUGGAAAUGUUAGCUAUUUUUUGGGGAAUCACUGGGGCUGUAGCAAACUCUGAGACAUCUAUGAAAUACCUGAUGAUCAUAUCCAAAUGUACGCUCGACAUACAGUAAAAACAGUGAAAGAUGUGGAUCUCUGCUUUCUGGUCAUCUGGAUUGACUCUGUUGUUACCCUUUAAAUUAAAGUGCUUUAUACAAACAAAAACAACACAAAAUUUCCAAAACUGCUUAACAAAUCUACCCAACUGUCAUUUAAUUAAAAAAAAGGUGGUUCCAAGAGUAAUAAGAACAUAAUUUACAGUUUGUGACCUAAAUUAGUGUUCAGUUGCAUGCUCUCAUUCAGGAUGGGCAUAAUAAUCCACUAACUGAGCCUUAGGAAUUUAGGUGAAUGAUUGUAUUGUUUUGAAGAAAAUGUGGCGAAGUGGAGUGCACGACUUGACGUGACGUUGAGUUACAUUCACGCUAUGUAUGGCUGCUCUUUACAACACUGGCAUGGAAACAGGGGUUCAGAACAUUCAGAGACAGAUUCUCCCAUCCCUUGAAAAAUAAUACAAAAAAAGAAAACAAUGACAAUCCAUCGCUUAAUUGUUAGUCAACCUCAAGGAAAUGUAGUCCAAUGCCCAUCCCUCGCUCUCAUACAACAGACAGGCUUUACUUUCAAGUGAAAUCAUCCCUGUUGCAAUGCAGAGGUAUUAACAUCAACAUUGAAAUACGACUUUGAAUAGGUUGGUUUCCAGCAUUUUUAUCAUAUUUUCCUAAAAUCAUUUUUAUUCAACAGCAUUUAAUCCUAAAUACACAGUGUAGCACAGCAUUGCUUUCCAGCUUGGACAUCCAAACGUGUCCUGUGUGUCCUGUCAUGCUGAGUUCAGUCUCUCUUCUCAGUCGUUUUUCUGUUUUUUCCACCGUCUUUUGGACUGCAAUUAUUUCUAUGUCCUUAAGAAUGCAGUGGUCAUUCCAAGACAAGUUUUGUUCUGUUCUUCUUUUGAUCAAAACAGGAUGAGAAUAGACUGAGGUACGCGCUGUUGAAAAUGCUGGAAUAUGAAAUAGAACGUAAGAAAGACGAUUAAGGAACGGUCACCGAGAGGUCUGUUGGGUUUGACGGCGCCAUCAGUCAACUUGACCAGAUGCUGUCAUUGUCUGUUAUGGAGCUUGGACAAGGCUGAAGAAGGGGCAGUGGACGCUCCCCAAACCCCUUUGAGUCGCUCCUGAGUAGUGCAGGAAGUGUCUCUGUGAUCCCUGAAGCCUCUUAGCUGCACUUGCAGGACUUGACUACCAUGUUGGACAGCUGCUCCACUUUAGGCGAGCGACCCACGUAGUAGAGGAUGGUGAGGGGCUCCAAGUCCUGGGGGACACAGCAGGGUGAGGCCGACGCCUCCGGGUUCAAGGUGUUGUACAGGCUCAGCAGCUUUUAGUGGAGAGGACAGAGCAGGGAUCAGAAAGGUUUCAGACUUUAACAGGAACUUGUGGUGGUGUUUGUCUCACGGUGCUGUGGGUGGUGUCAGCGCUGCGUAGAUAAGGACAGGGACCAGAGCAGAAGUUGGCGUAGUAGCCUUCAGGCUGAUGGAUCCACCUCCAACCUAAGUCCUGGCGGAAGUUAAUAUAAAGUGGCCGCACACAACAGUUCUCUUCGUAAUUGCUGCAGACAAGAAGGAAGAGGAGAUUAGAGGUCUUUACAACACGACCAUGUAAACGUCAGCUAUUUCCUCCCUGAUGAGAGAAGUUCACAAAUUCCACUCUUAGGUGUGCCCUUAUUUUCCCUCGCUCCCAGUCGGCCCAGGUGUCUGUCAGCCCCACAGAGGAAAUGUGGAGGUGAGGAGAUGCCUGGCACGUAAAAGUGGUGAGCAUUUUCUAGUAGCCGGGACAGAUCCCGACUUGUCAUGCUCGUCUCGCUGAUGAACACAUUUAUUUCGUGUCAGUGUCUUCCUGCCUGCCAUCCCGCAUGUUGGCCCGAUGCUUGUACAGCUGGAUCACGAUAACACACCUGCAGCUUAUCUUGGACAGAAAACAACGCUUCCAAUGACACUGAAAUGUCAUCAUGUUGUUUGUCCAGUAGAGCGUGCUAUCUAUCUAUCUGUCUGUCUAUCUAUCUUAUCUAUCUAAAAAUGUGUCAUCUCCCUCAUUUGUUACACUUUUCAGAGAAGAAGCAUUAAAAAGCUCACUACACAUGUGGACCCUGGAGUUCUGGCAAAUUUUCAUCAGUCAGCAACAGACGUGAGAGCUGUCUUCAGCGAACAGACUAACCUAGCAUGUUGUUGCUGUCAAAAUGUGACUGGAAUGUUAGCGUUUGUCUAUAUGUGCCCUGCGAUUGGCUGGCGACCAGUGCAGGGAGUACCCCGCCUCUCGCACAAAGUCAGCUGGGAUAGGCUCCAGCAUACCCUCGCGACCGUAAUGAGGAUUAAGCGGCAUAGAAAACGGAUGGAUGGAUGUAAUGUUAGCUCUGUAGCUCACAUAGCUAUAGCUAUGUUUCCCCAGGACAUGCCCUGUUUUCACGUCCUGUCCUGGCCUUCCUGUUUUUUUUUUUUUUUUCAGAAACUGUUGAGUUUUCAUUGUAUUUAUUGGGUCAUUGAAUUGGUUUUAGGGCACUGUGCUGCAUCUUCUAUGCCGCUUAUCCUUAUAGCUGAUAUUAUUUCAUAUUUUUUUUAGCUAUUUGUCCAGUAAGACUUGAAAAAUAAACUACUAUUUUCUUACAGGCCAUUUUUCCUAAUACAGAAGAGACAUUAUUUUACUCCGGAGAUUUUUUUAACUUAUUUUUGCACCAUUGAAACUUAUCAAAUAUAUAUUAUUUUAUGCAUAAUAAAACAUGUUGAGUAACUUCUAAGAAGCCUAUCUGAAUUUGUGUGUUUGGUUAUAGAUGGUAUUUUGUAAUAUAACAAUUUUGUAUCCAUACAGAGGAGGCAUACUUUACAUGUGCUACAAAUAUAAGGCAUCUUUGAGUAAGGCAUCUUUGAGGCAUCUUCGGUGCAUAUAACAUGGCAUCUAUUACGUGCAAAGGCAAGUGCAGCGUUCCAGUGUCUAUGUAAAAAGUGGCAUCGAGACAAUCUGUCAGACAAACACAGCACAUUAGCAUUAAAGCUACAGACACACAAAACGGCGAAUACAAAUUGUGGAACCUGAGACUCAUUUCAAAUUGUGGAGAAAUACUCUGAUAUGGGACCUUUAAAACUGUUAUUCUUAUGGCUGGGUGGUUCUACUGCCUUAUAGUGAGACGAAUCGCAUCAUUUCACUGUAACUCCCUGACAGUUUGCAUAGUAACACAUGUAGUGAGCAAAUGGGCCUUACUUGAAGCAGUAAUUGGUGUCAAGUGCUCUCUUGCGCCUGCGGGAGGACGAGUGUGCGUCGAGCCUGUGGGGGGGCAGCAUCAUGAGGAUGAGAUGGGGGUACAGCUGCUCCCUUUGUUUCUUGGUGCGGCUCAGAUCGUCAAAGUCUGCCUCCAUACCUGCAGGACGGAGUGAGAAAGCACACAGACUUUUAGUGCAGCCACAACUAAUAGGUCAUAAUCAGCUGUCAUUUUUUUACAGACGGAUAAUAUAGAGACUGGACUUUUCAUCCUUCUUCCAUUGUAGCACUCUCCUAACCUCCCUCUUCCCACCGUCUGCUCCUCCGCUCUAGGCCUGAUGGCAAAAGCAGCAGAUAUCUCAGGAGAGAUGUUGCCGGUGGAUAUGUUGGCCCUGCUUUAAUUAGGGCCAAUCGUCUAAGCGCCAUGGCAGCACAUUCCUUGUGGCCAAGCCCGUUCCGGAGCGUUCCCAGGACCCGGGGCUCGGGGGCCCCUCAUGCUAAGUGAGAUACCAGAUCAGUGUCAUUCCCAUGCUCUCAGUCUGAUUUCCUCGUAGGAGGGAGCCUUUAUCGCCAUCACUGUAGUAAUGACUAUCACUGCAGGCAUGCUUGGGGCUCAUGCUGAUAAGUGUGCUCAACACAAUGACACAGCUUCACUCAUUCAUUACACUGACCUGAUCCAAAAAUAGGCAUGGGAAAUUUACUUUAUAUGAAAUAAAUGGCAAAAAUAUAUAGCGGUACUGCAAAAAAAUGAUAAUGUAAAUCACACAUAUUUAACAUAGCGCCUCUUUUUUCAGUGUUAUGUCAACCUUUUCAAAUAUAAAUAAAUAUUCAUAUCAAUAAAUAUGGAUAUGUUACGUUAAUAUUAAUACACAAUACACUUUCGCUCCUGUACAGUAGCCAAUGAGAGAGGGGCUAUAAUGUGUUGUUGGGCGGAUUUUGAGACCUUAAAACCUUAAGACUUUUACUACAAAGACGUUAAUGACUGGUGGAGAUUUUAAAUAAGGUUAAGGAUAACGAUCAUGAAGCUGCUGAGUUGGAUCCCCUAUAAUGACGAAUCACUGUCUUCCAUCCACACCCCUGAUCAAAAGACCAGUAAGACCAGUUGAAAAAUUGCAAGAAUUUACAUUUUGCACGGUUGGAUCUUAAGGAGGUUCUAAGUAGAGCUUCAAAAUGCAACAAAAAAAAAGAAGAAAAUUGGAAGUGAGAAAAACAUUUUUGAACAAACCAUUAAACAACCAUUAAAAACCGUUCAGCAGUUGAUCAAAAGUUCAACACCACAGCAUUUAGAAGUCAAAAUCUUCAUUAAAAAAAAAGUCAAGUGGUAAACCCAAAGAAAUGUCACCAGCCAUUAGCUGUCCGUCAAGACACGGGACAAUUCUCGGCCCAAAUGAAGGUUGUUACUGGUGCUGAGUGAGGUCCAAUAAUCAUCAAACGGCAUCUGUGAGAAAAGGCUUUUAAGAACAAAAAAAAUAUCUUAAAAGGCCUCGUCUCCUUCAACGCCACAAAACUGAUCGUUUGGAAUUUGCCUGAGAGCACCAAACAUGGGACAUUGAAAGGUGGAAGAAAGUGUAAUGUAAUGUAACCUGCUGUGUUUGCCCACACUUUUUAUGACACUUUAUUCACUUUUUACAAAUAUACUGUAACUCUGACAGACGUAAUAGAUGCCAAAUAUCACAUAGAACAACUUAACAUUAAGGAGUGGGACAGGAGGACACAAACAUUAGCAACACUACCAUAGUACAUUAAAAAUAUAUUAUUUUUCCUAAUUUUUAUUUUUCCUCUGGCGGAACUUGUUUGCGUCAACGGCGACAUUGACCGUGAAGCUGUGAUUGAUCGGCUUUUCUGCCAACGUUAUUUCCAGUUCUAUAUAAUUUUAUGCGGAUGGUACUUCAGUCACCAUUGUUUGCUACUACACCGGAAGCUACAUGGUAAUAACCAAAGAGAAAAGAGGUUUGUUGUUGCUCACUCUCAGCAAAACACUGCCCCUAGCACUCUGGUGGGGAAUUGCACGUCAAGUUCUCGCUCCCGGCCAAAGAGCUACGAAUGGAUCAAGAUGGCGUCAGAAGGGCCGGCAAUACAACUCCCCUGUAGCAUAAUUUAGUCUUUAGUAGCUGACCGACCAAUAGCUGGCAGAGCUCCAGGCUUCAUUUUAUGACGUGUAGUGAAGCCUGCCUUUUUUUCCUUUCCGAAACAGUUCUUUUGUUAAGCGGUGUGUGUACACACGGGACGGGCUCGUGCAGCUGAAGGCGCUUCAUGUCCAUGAAGUUUUCAUUUCAUGACGUCAUAAAAAUCCGGAACUUCAAAAGCGAGCAUUUUUGGGGUGCCUCUUGUCUCUAAAGUGGAGCAAACAAGUGAGGGAGAUUUCUCACGUUUGGCGCUCAUGUACAUGCUUCUAGGGACAUAUAUCACUGUUAUGACAUCAUUAAAAAGUGAAUUGUGCAGAAUAGGGGACUUUAAAUGGGAAAUUACUUUUCGUUUCAAGAAUGAUAAUAAUAAUAAUAAGAAUUCAGUCGUCUCUCGCAAUAUCGUGGUUCAGUUAUCUCUCCCUGUUUCCCAGAAAUUAAUCAAUGAAUAAACACUUUGUUUAUUAUUAGUCCAAACAAAUGCAAGUGAUAUGUAGUAUUCUGGUCACUAGGUGGCAGUAAUGACACAAAACAUUGAGACAUUACCGUAUAUUACGUUACCUUAACACUGCAUGAAGUCAGCCAUGACCGGUCUGACAUGAUAGAUUGAAAAAAGUUAUCCUCCCAUCCCCUGUGGAAGUGGUACGUUUUUACCUUCUUAAGUUGAGAAGAAAUACAUUUGAGACUAACUGGUUAGCUCGCCUGCUUGCUAGCUCACGGCCAUCUCGAGUCCCUGCAGCAUAAAGAGCUUUCUACAGAGCUCUAAUUAUGUUGAAAACCGUAUUUAAAAAGUAAUAAACUGGUUUCCUAAUGUGUAACUACGAAAAUACUCCAUUUAUUAGCAUUGAAUCCUAUAUUGCAGAAAUUCAUUUAAAGCGCGAGUGUAUGGAACAAAUUAACCGCGAUAAACAAGGGACGACUGUAGUGCUAAGUGACAUCCAGGUAACCCAAUCUCACCUUUAAACUUCACCUCUAGCACCUCGUUGACGUUCUCAAUUAUGUCCCCGUUGGGCUUGAAAGUGUGACAUGGACAGUGCACGCUGAUCUCCAGGCCAAGAUUGGUCUCUGCGAGGGAUGUAAAGCAUGGAUUGAUGCACUUAUACCGGCAGCACUGCUACGUGACAGAGCGGUGUGGUGCUCUACUCACGUCUGUACAUGAGCCACUCCCUCACUGUCUCUGUAACAUCAAAAGAGACCCACUCAGACAUCCCCUUGGUCAGGACGUUCUUGCCCCCGAUGUAGCGCUGUUUGGCUUUGGGGUCAUCUUUCUGGAGGAUCUGCAAGGAAGGAUGAAAAUGUGACCCAGCUGCAUAAACUCUCUCUUUAACACACACACAAACACACACACACACACACACACAGAAGCUGUCUGUC